AUGUCAAAUAAGAGUCUAGGAUUUGCAGUAACAGGAAUCGGAGGAAGUUUAUUUUUUUACUAUACACUUUGAAUCAUCGUCACACCUUUCGUUGACAAAGGACACUGAAUCCAAAACUAUUUUCCAGAAAGAGAAUGGGCGUUUUUGAUCCCCUCAUUGGUUUUGAUUUCUGGAAUCACAAUUUUAUUUACGUUUAUCGGACUAGUGAUGGUCAAGUCUGGGAGACUGAAGCAGUAA